ACAAGAUGGCGGCGGCGGCGUCGCAAGGCGGGAGAAGCGGCGGCGGCGGAGGCAGUAGUGGGCCUGGCGGCGGCCCCAGCUGCGGGACAAGCAGUAGCCGCAGUGGUUUGUUGGAUAAGUGGAAGAUUGAUGAUAAGCCCGUGAAAAUUGAUAAGUGGGAUGGAUCAGCUGUGAAAAACUCUCUGGAUGAUUCUGCCAAAAAGGUUCUCCUGGAGAAGUACAAGUAUGUGGAGAACUUCGGUCUCAUUGACGGUCGCCUCACCAUCUGCACCAUCUCCUGCUUCUUCGCCAUAGUGGCUUUGAUCUGGGACUACAUGCAUCCCUUUCCAGAGUCCAAGCCGGUUUUGGCCUUGUGCGUCGUAUCCUAUUUUGUGAUGAUGGGGAUUCUGACCAUUUAUACCUCAUAUAAAGAGAAGAGCAUCUUCCUCGUGGCCCACAGAAAAGACCCUACAGGAAUGGAUCCUGAUGAUAUUUGGCAGCUGUCCUCCAGCCUCAAAAGGUUUGAUGACAAAUACACCCUGAAGUUGACCUUCAUCAGUGGAAGGACAAAGCAGCAGCGGGAAGCCGAGUUCACCAAGUCCAUUGCUAAGUUCUUUGACCACAGCGGGACAUUGGUCAUGGAUGCAUACGAACCUGAAAUAUCCAGGCUCCAUGACAGUCUCGCCACAGAAAGAAAAAUAAAAUAGCCAAUUCUAAAAGUUCUCCUUCUGCUGGAUCAUACGAAUUACUGGUGGGUAGGGGAAAAGACAGGAAGCUUAAGCUUGGUCAAGUAAGAAAUGUUAAAGAUGCCCCUGUUUAGUCCACCCUGGAUAAAUAGAAUUUCCUAGUACAGAUAUGCAAAGUUGUAUCUUUGAUGGCUAGCUGUAGCCUCCUUGGUCUGCUGAAUGGUUUUCUGUUGUUUUCCUUAAGAAGCCUUUUUGUAAAAGCUAAGCAUACCUUUUCCUUUGUGCUUAAUAGUACUUUAUACAGUAUAGCUUUGUGCCAUGCAAUGUUUGAAUGCUCAAUUCUCAAGAACGAGCCUUGCUGGGGUGAGGUAGUGUUCACCUGUAAUCCCAGCACUCGGAGGGCUGAGGAAGGGGAUUCAGUUGGAGGCCGUCCUGGGCUGUAGAGCUAGGCCCAUCUUGAAGAGUGGGUAUUGUUAACUUGUUGCUGACUUUGUAUUGACCCCUGCAUCAGCAACUAUUUCCUUAAAUCCAGGAUACAACUUCUUAAGUAUGACAGCUUUCCUUUACACACCAUUUUUGUGGGUGUAUAUAUAUAUUUGACUUGGGGAGAAUUAUUUUUUAAAAAAAUACAAAAUAGCUUUUUAAUUUGUUUAAAAUAGACCUGCCUGUUACAUUUUGUGCUCUUAACCAAUUAAAGAAGCCAGUGGCAUUUUUAGUUUUAUAUUCUCUGUUCCCACUCGUACGUUCCUGUUGAUUUGUGUGUGCCCUUUAUUAACUGCCAUUUUCUAAAGUUUUUUUCAAUAAAUGAAAGAAGAUGUGAAAAUAUAGAGUACUAGUCUUGGAAGGAGGAACAGCACCGCAAAUGCUUUACUCGGAUGGAGUCCCUUCUGGGCUGACUCACUCUCGGCAGGCUGGUGAGAACCCGGAGCCAGGGACUCUUAGUUCUAGUGAUAGCAGCAGAGACACUUUACUCUGGGCAUGUCACUGGCUUACUGAAGCUCACUCACAGCUGUCCUAAGGGCAGGCACUGUUGUGUGCACACACGCACGGCAUGCACACUCACGCGCGCGCGCGCGCACACACACACACACACAUGCAUGCACGAAGAGCCUAAGACAUGAAAGUAAACAGUUCACAGAUGGUUCUAGAAUAGGAACUUAAGUUUGAGGAAUCUGGCUCCAGAUGUUAUGUUCCUGCACAGCCAAAAAUAAAAAAUAAUGAGUUAAUAUCUUUUCCAGUAUUUUCUCAAUUUGGUCAGAGAACUGGACACUUGCAGGAUCUAAUUCUAAGUCUAGUACCCCAAAUUACAUUCCCAAUAAGAAGCAUCCAAAGAACAUUGGGAAUGUUGUCCUGUCUAGCACUACCCAGUGAGACCACACUGGCCAGAUGCUGAAGCCGUGGGUUCCCUAAGCCUUCCUGUAAUCCUUCGGUAAGUCAGAGUUCCUUGAACUUCUAAUGCUGCCCCCACCCAUUCUUAUAAAAGUACCAGUGCAGGGCUUGUUUAAUAAAGUGCUCACCAUGCAAGCAUAGGAGCCUGAGUUUGGCCUUUAGGGUGCAUGUAAAGAGAGGCCAGGUAGCACGGUUGUUAUCCCAGUGCUGAUGAAGCAGAUACGAGAUGAUUUCUAGCAUGCUGCCUGGCCAGCCUAAACACCAGGGCUGGGGAGAUGACCAGAUGGGUAAAAUGCUUGCUGUGUAAAAAUCCCCAGAACCCACAUAGGAGACAUGAAUGGUAAAGCACAUCUAACCCUUGUGUCGCAGGAACACAAGGCAGAGGCUAGGGUCUUGCUGGCCAGCCAGACUGGCUGAAAUAGCAAGCUGCAGGGGCAGCAAAAGGCCUGGCUCAAAAGUCAGGGUGCAUAGAAAUGGAGGAAGACUUGUGCUGUCAACCACGGGCCUCCACAGGUACAUAGACCAAUACUCUAAGUCAGCCCCUACCUCUCUGCCUGGGCACACAGGGUGACGAUUUGAAUUCGGUGACCCACUUAGAGGUUUUUGAAAGUUUAAUCAGAUAAUGAUACUUGCAGAGAGACUGAGUCACUGCUGUCAGACGGGAGGUUCCAGUGCUGGGAGAGUAGGCUGUGGUUACUUCACACCCGCUGUACCCUUUGCUUUAUAUCUAUACAAAUAUAACCUUGGGUUUGGGUUUUUGUUUUUUCCUGUGUUGGGGCUCAAACUCAGGGCGUUGUACAUGUUAGGCAAAUGUUCUAAAACUGAGCUACAUCCCAGCUGUCCAAGCACAGACUUAUAUAUGCCCCCCUUUUAAUAAACAUUCCAACUAUGUGGACACAUUC